AUGGACUUCGCGUCCCUGAUGAACAAGGAGCUCUCCAAGGCUAAAACAACAAACGACGCGUCCAAAAAAUACCUCAAACGAUCAGAAAUCGAAGAAGAGCGGAAAAAAGCAUACCUAGCGGAGCAAAAGGCACUCGAGGAGGAGCGCGAAGCGAAAGCAGCAGCCAAGCGCAAACGAGAGGAAGAGCUGGCGGCGGAGAACGCAGCCCGGGAAGAGAAGAGACGCAAACUAGCCGAAGAGUCGAGGAAACUUAGAGAAGAAAGGGAAGAGGAGGAAGAAAGGGCGAGGAGAAAGCGGUUAGGUCUUCCCGAACUCGUGAAGAAGAAGGAGGAAGACCAAGGCCAGGCCGUGGAAGAUGAUGUCCCAGAGGAAGAGCUGCGGGAGAAAUUGCGAGAAAUAGGGCACCCGGCGAUGCUUUUCGGGGAAUCGCACGCCGCCAAAUUAAGGCGGUACAGAAAGUUGACGACGGCGAUGAGCAAGGGCCCCAUCCCGACGACCCUGGAGUUGGUGGAGGAAAAGGACAUGAAGGUUGACGGGACGGUGCCCGCGGAUAGAGACGGCAGGAAGUGGCUGUUCAGACAGCUCGCGAGCUACUUCACCAUGCUCUUUCGCAAAUUUGAAUCCAACGACGUGGACGACUCCCUCCUCAUACCGGUGGUGCAAAUCGUGCAGGCCCUUCAGGAAAGACGCUAUGUCGACGCCAACGACGACUAUCUCCGUUUGAGUAUCGGCAAGGCGGCCUGGCCUAUUGGCGUGACCAUGGUUGGUAUCCACGAGAGAAGUGCUCGCGAGAAGCUGCAUAAUGGUGAGAAGGGUCACGUCAUGGGUGAUGAGGUUACGCGCAAGAUUUUGCAGAGCAUCAAGCGCUGUCUUACCUUUGCACAAGUGAGGUGGCCGCCGACGGAUUUGAGACAGUUGAUGGGCUGA